AUGCUGAUGCGCCUGCGGUCGGGUAGGAGGAGCGGGUCCCGGGGAGACCUGGACUUCGGUGCUCUGGGUCGAGCACCGGGGGCAGGAGGAGGGGUGGGAGGCGCAGGAGGAGUGGUCCCAGGGGGAAUGGGUGGGGGAGCAGUGGGGCCGGGAGGGGUGUCCGGAGGAGGUGGGGGAGGGGGAGGAGGGCGUGGAGGAAUGGGAGAAGCAGGUGGGGCUGGGGAGGGAGCGAAUGAGGAGAGUGGCAAGGGCAGUGGGAAUAGUGGUUCUGGGGGAGAUGGUGGGGGAGAGACUAGUGAGAGCCGUGCUGCUGAUGCUGCUAGUGCUGCUGCUGGUGGCACUGAUACUGCCGCUGGUGCUGGGGGGUUAGUGAAGGGGGCAGUCGAGGGAGACGCAGGCGUGAAAGGGGGAGAGAGGGACAGCGAUACUGCUGGCAAGGUAGUAGCGGUGGUGGUGGAGAGGCCUGAUCCGCGGAGGAUGCUGAUGAAGCUGCGGUCUGGCAGGCGGGAGGAUCUGGCUGACAGCGCUGUGACACGCGUGGGCAGCGAGGAGGGCAGUGCGAAGGGUGGUGCUGAUGAUGCUGCUACUGCUGCGGGUGGCACUAAUACAGCUGGUGUUGCUGGUGCUGCUGGUUCUGUGAGUGCCGCUAGUGCUGGGGGGUUAGUGAAGGGGGCAGACGAGGGAGACGCAGGUGUCAAAGGGGGAGAGAGGGACAGCGAUACCGCUGGUAAGGUUCUGGAGAGGCCUGACCCUCGGAGGAUGCUGAUGAAGCUGCGGUCUGGCAGGCGGGAGGACCUUGCUGAGAGCGCUGUGACACGCGUGGGCAGCGAGGAGGGCGGGGUGAGGGGAGGUGCGGUUGAGGAGGCAGGGAAGGGAGGGAGGGGCGAUGAAAAUGGGGUUUUCGAGGGGAGUGACGGGGGGAAGGAGGAGGGUGAGCGGAAGGGGCUUGCUGAUGUGGGAGGUGCCGAGGCAGUAGCAGCUGCAGCAGCAGGAGGAGGAGUAGAAGCGCCACCACCAGCAGCAGCAGCUGCAGCAGCAGCAGCAGCAGCAGCAGCAGCAGCAGCAGCAGCAGCAGCAGCAUCAGCAGCAGCAGCGAGGCCUGUACGAGGGCCCAUGCUCAUGAAAAUGAGGUCUGGUAGGAGGGAAGGCAUCUGGGAUGGGCGGGAUGCCGAGACAGCGAAGGAGAAGGAGAGGGAGAGGGAGGAGGAGGGAGAUGGAAGGGGCGAAACGGGCUUGGUUGUGGGGAGCAACGAGGGUGCUGGUGCAACCGCGGUGGUGCUUGCUGUGGGGAGGGAGGAGGCAGAUGAAGCGAGGAAGGUGACAGAGGGAAAGCUAGAAGUAAAGGCAGAGGAAGAGGUAAGGGCAGAGGCAGAAAUCAAGGCAAGGGAAGAGGCAGAACGGGAUGCAGAGGAGAAGAGGGUGCAGGAGCAAGGGAGGGAGGAGGCAGUGAGGCGAGAGCUGCAGCAAUUGGAAGAGGAAAUGGCAGCACUAGAGCGCAUGCUGGGGGGUCUGAGGAGUGUGCAGGAGCAGACGAAUGCCCUGGAGAAGGAGGGGAAGAAUGAGGGUAAGAAGGAGGAGGGAAAGGAGGAGGAGGAGGAGGAAAAGGAGGUGGAGGGAAGGGAGGGGACAUUUGAAAGGAUUGAGCAGCAGGAAGGGAAGGGCAAGGGCAAGGAGGGGAAGGAGGAAAAUGGUGGGGAUGGGAGUGGGGAGGAGGAUGGUAGUGUGGUGGAGCAUGGGAGCGAAGCGAGGGAGGAUGGUGACGUGGCAGUGAUGGCUGAUGUGGAAGGGGAGGAGGGGCAAGGGGAGGAGGGCGCUGGUGGCGGGGAAGUGGAGGAUGGGGUGCCCCCCUCUGGGCACCUACUGCUCUCCAACCCCGCCCUGCCCCUCCUGCUGGGCCUGCCCUCUUCCGCUCUUGCACCCGGCACGUGCCUGCCUGCAGCUCUUCCCGAGGCACAAAGAACUGCCGUGGAGGAAUGGCUGCGACAGGCUUCUGCAGGCGUCCCAAGUACCCCUCUUUCUCUCUGCAUCAGCACACCUCCAGUGCGCACCGACACACUAGAGCCCCCUGUUUCCACAGUUACUCUCCUCUCUGCUCCACACCUCCUGCCCCCAUCAGCUACCCAGUCCCCCCAUCUGUCCGUUCUUGUAAUAAAGGGUGUUGUGUGA